GCCGCCGCCGCCGCCGCCGCCGCCGCAGCCUCAGCCGCCGGCACUAUGGCAUCUGGAGUUACAGUGAAUGAUGAAGUCAUCAAAGUUUUUAAUGAUAUGAAAGUAAGAAAAUCUUCUACACAAGAGGAGAUCAAAAAAAGAAAGAAAGCAGUUCUCUUCUGUUUAAGCGAUGACAAAAGACAAAUAAUUGUAGAGGAAGCAAAGCAGAUCUUGGUGGGUGACAUUGGUGACACUGUAGAGGACCCCUACACAUCUUUUGUGAAGUUGCUGCCUCUGAACGAUUGCCGAUAUGCUUUGUACGAUGCCACAUACGAAACAAAAGAGUCUAAGAAGGAAGACCUAGUAUUUAUAUUCUGGGCUCCUGAAAGUGCACCGUUAAAAAGCAAGAUGAUUUAUGCUAGCUCUAAAGAUGCCAUUAAAAAGAAAUUUACAGGUAUUAAACAUGAGUGGCAAGUAAACGGCCUGGAUGAUAUUAAGGACCGCUCGACGCUGGGAGAGAAACUGGGAGGCAGUGUUGUAGUUUCUCUCGAAGGAAAGCCACUAUAAAGUAAUAGCCAAGUGCCAUCUGAUCUUAAGGGGCUUCAUUUCUCCAGCUCAGUCCACUGGAAUCACAUUAGGUUUUGGUUUUUUGUUUAUUCCCUUUCCACUGGUCCCUUUCAACACAACGAAUGAAUGAAUUUAAGAAGCCUGUCAGUGAUUGCCAUUAGACUGUCUAAUACGGUGACUUUUAAGUAGAACCCAAGGAAUGCCUUCCCCCUCUUAUUUUAGCCAAAACAACUGGUUACAUGCCUUCCUUGCAGUGAGCACAGCAACGGACGUGGUUGUCAAUGU